CAACAUUUUACAUAUCAACGUUCUAACUGGUGAUCAUACAUCGACCCGCUGGGUGGGUGGAUCAUCCCUAAGGACAUGAAAGCUCUUCGUCUGGGAGCCUCCAGACCUCCUCCUGUGCGUCUCUUCAUUUGGCUGGGCCUGGUUUAGAAGAAAGCCUGACCAAGAUCCCUUCUCAAAGUCAACCAUGGAAAUAACCUUUUAAUAUUCUCUCCUGUCUUCCGUGGCCUCGUACAGCUUUCACACACAAUUUCUCAUUUUAUCCUCAAAACAACGCAUCGAGACCCGCACUGUGCACACCCGUUCAGCUCAGCCAGCGUUUACCUGCCCACUACUGCACAGCCCAGGGCUUCACGGCCUACCAGGCACAAGCACAUGGGACCCUCUGGAAGAAGGUGAUGAAUCAGAAAGAGUCUGAUGAAAGAGAAUCACCUGGGACCUUUCAAAAACUCCAAAGUCACAGCCACAUGCCAGACCAGGGAAAUCACGCUCUCUGGAGUUGGGCAGGGCACGCCAGCUCUCUCCCCGGCAGAGAAAGGACCAGCAAGAGGACCAGGAAGGAGAGGGAGAACCGAAACUCCUCGAAACAGAAAGACUCCGCAGACCAGAACAUGGAGGGAAACUUCCAGGCGUGCAGGAACUGCAAAAGAAGCGGGGCCCCUGGCCACUUGGCCCUCCAUGGGGCCCACUGUCUGCUCUUCAAGGUCCUCUGUCCGGAGUGCAAGGAACCCGUCCUACAGGAUACGAUGGAAGAACACGGCGGGGGCGGGCACCAGCAGGCGAAUGGGUUCAGCCAAGGCAAGGGAGUCCCUGUUUCAGGAAAGGUGGGGUGCGCAGUGUGUCAGCAGAGCCUGCCGAAACACUUGCUGGAGAUUCACGAGGCCAAGGAAUGCCAGGAGCGCCCCGUUGAGUGCCAGUUCUGUGAGCUGGCCGUACGCCUCAACAAGGUGGACAUCCACGAGCACCCCUGCGGCAGGCGGACGGAGGUCUGCCCAGACUGCGGCCAGCGCAUCGUGCUCCACAUGCUGGCCCGGCACAGAGACGAGUGCUGCGGUGAGCAGACCCGGCUCCAGAAAGGGAAGAGAAUUCCAGCUCCUGAAAGCAACAUCGGCUGUCAUUAUUGCAACCAAAUGAUCCCAGGAAAUAAGUAUUUCCACCAUGUGGACAGAUGCCGUCCAGUCUCAGACUCUGUGACAUAUUCUCCAGUUGGGAAACCAGAUAUUCCUCCUUCAUCCCUUUCAAGUCAGGCUGCUAAAGAUCAAACUUCCACAGCAGAGAAAGACGUCCGUCCAAAGACGAAAAAUACAAGCAGAUUUCCCCUUCUUUCUGAAAAGUCAACGCGGCAAGCACCAAGAGGCACAAGCAAAACCACGGAUCUGCCUUUGAAGUCUGAUGGCAAGCUCAGGGCCUCCUCUCCUGUAGAAGACGAGACAGCCUAUGACAUUCUGAGGAGGUGUUCUCAGUGUGGCAUCCUACUUCCCCUGCCAACCCUAACCCAACAUCAGGAGAAAUGCUGGUGGUUAGCUUCAUCAAAAGGAAAACAAGUGAGAAGUUCCAGCUAGCUUUGGAAAAGAAAAG